AAAUGUUCAAUGUAAAAUACAAUGAAGAUACUUGGAAAUUUAUUUUUCCAAUUUUGAUUAAUUUUUUUAUGUCAAUUAUCAUGUAUUUUUUAACUAUACGUUUAAUCCCAAAAAUAAAAAAUAUGUUUAUUAAAGCUAACCUAUACGGUAUUGAUAUGAAUAAAAAGAGUGGUGAAAAAGUGCCUGAAGCCUUAGGUGUUGUUACUGGAUGUCUUUUUCUUAUAACACUCUUUUUGUUUAUUCCUAUACCAUUUACAAAAUAUAUUCUUAAUGAUAUAAAUUUUCCUCAUAAUGAGUUUAUGGAGUUUUUGGCAGGUUUACUUUCAAUUUGUUGUAUGUUACUAUUGGGUUUUGCUGAUGAUGUUUUGGAUCUUCGGUGGCGCCAUAAAUUAUUAUUACCAACUAUUGCUUCAUUACCACUUUUGAUGGUGUAUUAUAUUAAUUUUAAUUCUACAUUAAUUAUUGUGCCAAAACCCUUAAGACCAUGGUUUGGUUUCUCAGUAGAUCUCUGGAUAUUUUACUAUUUAUAUAUGGGAAUGUUAGCAGUAUUUUGUACAAAUGCCAUAAAUAUAUUAGCUGGUAUAAAUGGUUUAGAAGUUGGACAAAGCUUAAUAAUUUCAAUUAGUAUUCUUCUAUUUAAUCUAAUAGAAUUAUCAGGAGAUCUCUGGAAAGCACAUCAAUUUUCAUUAUAUUUCAUGCUUCCAUAUAUAGCAACAUCUUUGGGAUUAUUAAAAUUUAAUUGGUACCCAGCACAAGUAUUUGUAGGUGAUACUUUUUGUUAUUUAUCUGGAAUGACAUUUGCUGUUGUUGGUAUUAUUGGACAUUUCAGUAAAACAACUUUACUUUUUUUCAUUCCACAAAUAAUUAAUUUUCUUUAUAGUGUACCACAAUUAUUUCAUUUUAUACCAUGCCCUAGGCAUAGAUUGCCGAAGUAUAAUAAAAAAACUGAUAAAUUAGAAAUUAGUACUGCAGUAUUUAAUAAAAAAGAUAUAAGCAUUAUAGGUAAAUUUAUAGCAUGGAUAUUUAGGAAAUUAAAUAUAAUAAAAUGGCAAGAAGAUGAUAAAGGUAUUGUUACUUGUAAUAAUCUUACAUUAAUUAAUUAUGUACUUAUAAAAACUGGUCCGAUGAAAGAACCUACACUUACAUUGAUUUUAUUGCUAAUUCAGAUUAUUAGCAGUUCAUUGGCUUUUCUCAUAAGAUAUCCUCUUGCUUCUAUCUUCUAUGAAGUUUAAAAACAUACAUAUUUAAAAAGUACAAAAUUACUUUGUUGUUUUAUAAUGAAGUAAUAUAUGUAUAUUAUGUAAAAAAAGUUUUUUACAUAAAAUCUUUUAAAAUGUAGUUUUAUACUUUGUAAUCAUUCUGUACAUUUAUGAACAGUAUAUUAUGUAAAUAUUAUUUUUUAUUAAUAUCAAUAAAUAAAAUAUAUUUUUUUCUAGUUUAUAA